AUGUCGCAAUUUGAGGACCUACAAACGAUCGAGGCAGACGGCAUAAUAUCGACAAGUGAACUACAUGAGAACAAGACGAGUAUGCUCUACCAGGUCCUGCCAGCAAUAGUCCAGAGUCGCAUGCCGAUGCUGCCAUCACUCCGCCGUUCUGUCAGCGAAUAUCGCAAUCGAGGAUCGCACACCAAGAACAGCAGCUCACUGUCGGACAUAUCCUUACCAGAGACGCCUCCUCCAUGCUAUUCCUCACGCCCUGUGAGUGGACGCACAACGCCGCGUCCUCUAUCGGUGACAAGUGCCUCCGUGUUCGAAUUCGACGACGACGUUUCUGUCGCAGGCUCAGCGUCGACCACCACCUACGAGAGCUCGAGUGGCAUCAGCUGGCAGCAUGCCAGAUACGGCAUCGCUGGAAUAGCUGAGGCGGACCGACAAGCAAGCGCCUCAAAUACUGGAAGCGACAACAGUCUCAGGACGGAGAUGAUCCGAUCGCAAUACCUGUACAACCUCACCGUCUUGCUCCGGAGCUUACCACAAUCGCUCACGCCAGCGGAGAGCAUGAAUCUCCGCGCUGCCGUUCCGGAAACUAUACUCGAGAUGGAGCAAGGUACACAACCACAGACCAUAGGAGCGGCCGUGGACACCCACGAUGGCUGUCAAGAACCACGCGCUCGUACAGCUCUCGAAGUUGCGACAGCGUGGCUGGUCCUACGGUUUUUCCUGCUGUUCCAGCUCAUGCUGCCGUACAUCAAGCACUUUUUGAGGCUUGCAGCUCAAUUCGAGCAUGACCACCAAGUCACGAGGCGAGCGUUCAACACGAGCAUUACGGUAGGAAGUGAUGUCAGCAGGAGAGUUUCGCAAGCAUUGUGUCGCCUCAACGAAGGUAUCGCUGGGGAGGCACUUUCGAAUGCGACUGUGUACUGCGCCGAGGGCAUAGCUGGUGGGAUACAGCAGGGCCUCAUAGAGGCGAAGAGGUCGAGACAAGCAAUUCAGCGUCGGAGAGAUGCGGCCAUCAGAUAG